AUGGACAAAGGCAGAAAAGAUGGAAAAGUAACCACCUCUUCCUAUGCAGUGGAAGAGAUAGAGAUGUCUGAUGCUAGCAGAAGGGCAUCUGAGAAGGAAUUUUACUUAGAUCCGGAAUCUGGUGACUCCGGAAGCAUAAAGGAGCAUGAUAUCCAACGAGGCUUGAAGUCAAGACACAUCGUCCUGAUCGGUCUGGGUGGUUGUAUCGGUACCGGUAUCUUUAUCGGAACAGGUGCUUCUCUUGCCACUAGUGGUCCUGCACCUUUGCUGAUUUCAUAUAUUUUGAUGUCUACUGUUCUGUGGACGAUUAUGAACGUGCUCAGUGAGAUGGCAGUGUAUCUGCCUAUCAAAGGUGUUUCCGUUAUUGGAUUCAUUCAACGUUACUGUGACGAGUCUUUUGCAUUCGCCUGUGGUUACAACAUCUUUUACACAAUGGCCAUCUUGGUUGCGACUGAAGUUACAGCUGCUGGCCUGGUGAUAAGAUAUUGGAAUGAGUCUAUCAAUAUCGCCGUAUUCAUGACCAUCUUUCUGGGUGUCAUCACUGUGCUUAAUUGUUUCCCCAAUAAGUACUACGGAGAAAUCGAGUUUUGGUUUGCAUUGGUCAAGAUCGUUACUAUUAUCGGUCUUAUUAUUUUGGGUGCCGUUAUUAUGCUUGGAGGUGCUCCCAAUCACGAGAGACUUGGAUUUAGAUACUGGAAUAACCCUGGUGCUUUUGCUGAGCACCUCACCACAGGAGGCACCGGUCGCUUUUUAGGUUUUUGGACUGCAGUUAUUAAGUCUGGGUUUACUUUCAUUACUGGACCAGAAUUGAUCAUUACUGCCGCUUCUGAAGCCAAGAGACCCCGUUACAAUAUUCCUAAGGUCGCUUCAUCCUUCGUUUACAGAAUUCUGGCUUUUUACGUUUUGGGUUCCUUGGUUAUCGGCUGUACUGUUGCAUACAACAACCCUCUUUUGUUAACAGAGAGCUCCGAUGCUUCAGCAUCUCCUUUUGUUAUUGCUAUUCAGAGUGCUGGAAUCAAAGUUCUUCCCCAUAUUAUCAAUGCCGCAAUUUUAACCUCCGCAUGGUCUUCAGGAAAUGCUUUUUAUUUCAGUGCAACUAGAAUUUUGCUGGGAUUAGCCAGAAGUGGGCAGGCUCCUGCAGUGCUUAAGAAAAUCAACCGAUUUGGUGUUCCAUACUACUGUGUUCUAGUGGUGUUCUUAUUUGGAUGCCUUUCCUACUUGAACGUUUCUUCAGGAUCAGCUAAAGUAUUCACUUGGUUUACAAACUUGACUACCGUUUCUGGAUUCAUCUCGUGGAUCAGCUGUUGCUGGGCAUAUUUGAGAUUUAGAAGAGCAAUGAUUUUGCAUGGAAAAUUUGAAGAAAGGCCUUACAAGACAUACUUCCAGCCAUUCAUGAGCUACUAUUCCAUAAUAUUUUUGUCCAUUAUCAUCUUGACUAACGGUUAUGCAGUCUUUAUCAAAGGCAAUUGGGAUACCUCCAACUUUAUUGCUGCGUACAUCACCCUCCCACCUUUUUUCCUUCUAUGGCUGGGCCAUAAGUACUACCUUCACAAACUGGGGAGAAUUCCGUUUACACAAGUCCUUAUUCCAAUCGAAGAAGUGGACAUUUACACUGGUUUAGAUAUUGUUAUCGCCGAAGCUGAACGGGACUUUGCUGAGAUUGAGGCAGAAAACGCAACGAAGUUCGACAGCGUAUUCUUGAAGCCUUGGUACUGGUUAUUUGGUUAG